AUGGUCGUCAGUCGUAGGGACUCUUUUGUUAAACAGAAAGGUUCUUCGGAGGUGCCUUUCUCAAACUGCUCUGUUGAGUGCAAGGAGGGGUUUUCAAGAGAACACGAGGGAUAUCAUGACUGUUGCUUUCUCUGUAAGAAAUGCCCACAAAACAGCUAUGUGAAUUAUUCUCGGGACCCUUAUAUCUGUUUUCCAUGUGCGGAGAGUGAAUGGUCAGAAGAAGGCAGCACGACAUGUAAGGCACGUUCUGUCAUCUAUCUUGAGGUCACAGACAUCACCUCUGUUGCAGUUAUAAUUUCAGCCACACUUCUGAUGACUGUCUUCAUUUACAUCUUUUGCCUUUUCGCCUGCAAUUACAACACGCCAGUGGUGAGGUCUGCCGGUGGCAACAUGUGUUUUCUCAUGCUGGCAUGUUUGAUUAUGUCUACCACAAGCGUGUUCUUUUUCUUUGGACAACCCACAGCAGUCAAUUGUGUCCUGAGGAGCUUGACUUUUUUUUUUUUCUUCACAAUCUGUCUCUCAUGUUUGACUGUCCGUUCCUUUCAAAUUGUUUGUAUCUUCAAAAUGGCUGCCAAGUUCCCUAAGUUACACAGCUUAUGGGUCAAGCACAGUGGCCAGUGGCUCUUUGUUGCAUCCUUUUCUGUCGUUCAUUUAUUUUUAUGUGUGAUGUGGGUGACUGUCUCAGCUCCCAAACCGUUUCAAGACUCUUUUUCUUUUAAAGACCAGACUGUUCUCAGCUGUGAAAAGGGGCUCACUGUUGCCUUGGCAAUUGUUGUAUUCAUAGGUUGGUUUCUUGGAUUCCUGUGCGUCUUGUUUUCUUACAUGGGACGAGAUCUGCCGAAAAAUUACAAUGAGGCCAAAUCAAUAACUUUCAGUAUCAUUUUGUACUAUGUGAUCUGGAUUGUAUACAUCACAUCCCUCCUUCUUAUCAAAAGCAAAUAUGUGCAGCUUUUUAAUGCAAUGACUCAGCUGUCCAGUGUAUAUGCAAUUCUCUUUAGCUAUUUCAUACCAAAAUCUUACAUCAUGCUAUUUAAACCAGAGAAGAACACUGCUGCGUACUUUCAAACAUCUAUUCAGACUUACACCCAAACCAUUAGUAGGAAUUAA